AUGAUUAGAAAAGAAAUAAGCUAUGGAAUAGUCCCUUUGAGAAUUAUGAAUGGGCAAAAAGAAAUUCUUCUAGCUAAGACGUGGAGACAUAGCUAUUUUUGCAUCCCCAAAGGGCAUAUGGAAAGAAGUGAUAGAGCUCCUAUUGAAGCUGCAAUGAGAGAAUUAAUGGAAGAAACUGGGCAUUAUCCUACUAUGUUCUGGAGUGAUAAAGGAUGGACUGCUGACUAUAUGAAUGCUAGCCCGAUUGAACCUGUAGAAUAUCAUUUUCGGACAAGAAUGGGUAGAAGCGUUGAGAAAUCAGUGGUUUUGUUUAUAGCUGAAGUUGCGAAGCAAACAGAAAUCCAGGAUAAAGAAGAUAUUGAGCUUAUUCAAUGGUUUCCAAUCAAUGAAGACACAAUCAAUUUAUUGCAUUUUAGGGAAAAUAUCGAGCAUUUUUUGCAGUAUAUUUUACCCAAAAUAAACCCUAAUUUUUAA